AUGACGGUGGUUAUGGAAGUGUGUCUUGCUAUGGCGGUGGCUUCGAUGGUGGCGUCGGCUUUGGCGGUGGAGAUGGAGGAUUUGAAGGAGGAUUUGGAGGCGGAUACGACGGAUUUGGUUUCGGUGGCUUUGGCCUGCGAGUCCAAUGCAAAAGUGCGCCCAAAUGUGGAAAGUUCCAGAAGUACGUUGGUCGAUGCCCGUGGUGCAACAAGGGAUGCAAACUCGUCUUCUGCUGCAGAAAGACCAAGAACGAUAGCUAGAUUCAGCAGGUUAUGGACAAGCAGAUCCAUCAUCUUCCCCACCAAGUACAGGCUACACAAGUCCCUCGUAGUCACCAUCCUAUUGUACGGCUGCGACACAUGGACGCUUCACGCGGACACAAAACGCAGGAUCAAGGCCUUUGAACAUAACUGUCAGUAG